AGGCGCACUACAAGCACUCUCUUACGUAGACAUCCACCAAGGAGAGAGCCGAUACAACAACACGGUUGAUCUGCUCAAACACAAAAAUCUACCUGCUUUCUGAAUCAUGUCGUUGAGCCCAAAGCACACAACGCCUUUUUCAGUGACAGAUAUUUUGAGUCCAAUCGAGGAGACCUACAAGAAGUUUAGUGGCAUGGACGGCGCAGGGAACCUAACCUCUCCACUGGGAGCCUACCGACAGCCUCAGGUGUCUCAGACCGGCAUGCAGCAGCACUCCAUGGGCCAUAACGCCACGGUGGCCACCACUUACCACAUGCCGCACAGCGUCUCCCAGUUCUCCCACAGCGCAAUGGGAGGAUACUGCAAUGGAAGCAUUGGCAACAUGGGAGAUCUUCCGUCGUACCAGGAAAGCAUGCGGAAUAGUGCAGCAGCAACAGGGUGGUACAGCGCCAACCCUGAUCCGAGAUACUCCACAAUUUCUAGAUUCAUGGGACCUUCCACAGGUAUGAACAUGACUGGAAUGGGGAGUCUAACAGGAAUGGCGGACGCCACCAAAGCCAUGCCGGCUCUCCACGCUGCGCCCAGGAGGAAACGGCGCGUCCUGUUCUCACAGGCUCAGGUCUACGAGCUCGAGAGGAGGUUUAAGCAACAGAAGUACCUGUCUGCGCCUGAAAGGGAGCACCUGGCCAGUAUGAUACACCUGACGCCGACUCAGGUGAAGAUCUGGUUUCAGAACCACCGGUACAAGAUGAAACGCCAGGCCAAGGACAAGGCAGCGCAACAGAUGCAGCAGCAGCAACAGGACGGUUCUCUGUGCCAACAGCAGGCACAGUCUCCCAGGCGCGUAGCCGUGCCUGUUCUGGUGAAGGACGGUAAACCAUGUCAGAACGGCUCAAAUACGCCAACGCCGAACCAGCAACAGGUACAACAGAACCAACAGCAAAGCCAGCAACAGAGCGGAACUGGAGUUGUGCUCGCAUCCUCCACCAGCAGCCUAACCCAGCAUCAAAGCCAGCAGCAGGUGAACACUUUGGAGCUGGAAGAAAUGUCGCCCAGCCCUCCCUCACUGCACAGCCAGCUCAACAUGGCCCAGAUAGACACAUCUGCUGUAGAUUACACCAGUAACAUGGUCAGCUCAAACCUCCUCUACGGCAGAACGUGGUAGGACCUAAUACCGUACUGUCACUUUCCACUUUUUU